UGGGACGCUUCGUCGCCUCAUCCAUCAUCGCGAUGCAGACUGUGUGAGGAGCCGCGCCCAGAUAAUUGACUUUUCUCUUAUUGCCCAGCCAUCAAUUCAGAGGAACGUAGCACGUUUACAAAAUCUGUGUUUAUUUAUUCAUUUCUGAGGACCACCGUCUCUCGUUAUCCAGUCAGCGGUGUGGAUACGUACUGUUAUACAAAAAGAGCUGUGAAGAAAAGGAGUUCCUUGUAAAUACUCGGUCAAGUGACUGCAGAAAAACACGUCAUCACACCAUCGAGAGACAAUGCGCGUUAUGGAGGGAGAGUCAGUCACUCUACACAAUGGUGUUGAAAACAUCAGACAACAUAAUAUUAGAUGGUAUUUUAAUGGCAUUCAAAUCGCUGAAAUAAAUGGAGAACAGAUUGAGAUCUGUACAGAUGUUCAGUGUACUGAAGUUACUGAGAGAUUCAGAGGCAGACUGAUUCUGGAUGAGACUGGAUCUCUGACCAUCAGGAACAUCAGAACAACAGAUGCUGGUGAAUAUCGUCUAGAGUUCAACGACAAUGAGAUCAGUACAAUGAUCUUUAACGUUACUGUCAUUGAUCCAGGAAAUGUAUACACACCCCCACCCCAGAGUUCUAAUGAUCCUGACAUUAAUUCAGCUCAGUCUUCAGGUCUAAGAGCAGGAAUACGGUCCCCUUUUACUAUUCUGAUGGCGGUUGUACCUGCUGUUAUUGGUUUCAUUUACUAUCGCCACAGGAGCUCCAGAAAUGGAGACGAGGAGGAAAAUGAACAGGCUUCUGAACAAAACAACAGUGAUGAGCAAAGUGCAUUCCUACCCUGCAAACACGUCCACUUGGGGCCCACAUGGGCCUCACUUGGGCUAGUUGGGCUUUGGCUGGGCAUGGGCUCAGAGUGGGCUUUGUUGUUGGGCCCCACAAGAAGUUUGCCCAGCAACAAUUUUGCCGCCUUGAGUCUGCUGUCCGUUAAGGAUCCAUUACGGUGUCGACUGGACAAAAGACAGGGUGUUGUGCCAAGGCACUCAUUGCCGCCUGGAUUUGCAUCCCAUGGCCGCGGGAGCACGCAGAGAAGCGGAGUUUAA